AUGACAGCAGUCGCAGACAUUGCCGAGAAUGCAGCCAGCGAUCUGCUCGAGAAACUUGCUGAGAGCAUGACUAAAAUCAGAAUACUGGAAGCUGCAUACUUACCACUCAAGGCCGACUAUCGAGCGUUGAAUGAAGAUAAAGUGUCUCUUAUCAAGGAGCUGGACGAAGCUACAGAACUCUGUGCAUCAAAAGACAAACUUCCUGCUCUCCAGAAACCAUUGACCAAGAUCGGUGUUAUUCGAAAGAGAUUCUUGCAGAGGGCCGCGCAGAAUGCUUGCACAUGGGCUUCGGAAUUCUCAGACGGCGAUUACCCAGCAGGCGUUCCGGUCUUAGAUGCGGGAAAUCGAGCAGCACAUGACGGCAACAUUGAAGCAGAUAUGGCGUUAUUCAAGGGUGGAUAUCUCACUCCCAAACAAGAUGCAAACAGAUUCGAGACUGUUUAUCACCAUCGCCAUGACCUGAAAAGGUUUCCUUUCGGAUAUCGUACAACAAUCGAGAAAUGGAACAUUAUAGCGACCUUAAGGGCAAGCUCCAAUCUUCGUUUGAUAUGCAACCCGCAAGAUAAGUUCGGGGUCAUAGAACUGUUGAGCCGGAUCAGGGACCUGUGGCGCGAAAUCCAAAAGGUUGGCCGCCUGGAUCUGGAUUUGACGCGCUAUACAAGCGCUGCCGGCGAGAUGAGUGAACGAAAUCCGACAAAAUUUGAGGAAAAUCCUGACGUGGCAGAGAAAGUGGACGAGCUGAAGGCUUUGGUGGAAAUGGUGGUCAAGAAGGUCUGGCGGGAAGCAAGUGUGCAGGUCUACGAUUCAAAAGAGAAUGAUUAUUGCUUAAUGCAUCGCGGAGAUAUAUCGGAUAAGAUAGCUGGCUUUGCGUAG